AUGGUGAAAGGCGCACCGGGCCCUGGUGUGUACAGCGCCACGUACAGCGGUGUGAGUCUUCCGCUCCAUAUUGUGAUGUUGUCUUUCAUUCCCGUAUACGAAUUCCAAUUCGGUGUUGACAUGAAAGAACAUGUUAUGCGUCGGAGGCAUGACAAUUGGAUCAACGCUACGCACAUCCUCAAGUCGGCCGGAUUCGACAAGCCCGCACGAACGCGAAUCCUCGAACGCGAAGUGCAGAAAGAUGUCCAUGAGAAGAUCCAGGGCGGCUAUGGCAAAUACCAGGGCACCUGGAUACCCCUGGAGUCGGGCGAGCAGCUGGCAGUUCGGAACGAGAUAUACGAACGUCUUCGACCUAUCUUCGAGUUCACCCCGGGAAGCCAAAGCCCCCCUCCAGCACCACGCCAUACGAGCAAGCCGAAAGCGCCGAGAAAGCCCGCCGUGCCCAAGUGGAAUAACCCUCCACCGCGAGAAGAGCCCGAGCCUGCAAGUCAGCAAAUGAAUGGAGAUGAUAUUCCCGACAAUGUCACCAUCGCGUCCAUGCCAUACAUGGACGAGAAUGAGACCAACGAUCUGUCGCAUUUCUCUACUGGCCACCGCAAAAGGAAACGUGAGGAGGCCAUUCAGGACCUCACCGAACAGCAGCACUCUGUCUAUGGUGAUGAGUUGCUCGACUACUUCCUUCUUUCCCGCCAAGAGGCACCGACCUUGCGCCCCGAACCUCCAACCAACUUCCAACCGGACUGGCGUAUCGACUCGGAGAGACACAGUGCCCUUCAUUGGGCAAGCGCCAUGGGCGAUGUUGAUGUCAUCAAGCAGCUGAAACGAUUCGGAGCGACCUUGGGGUCCCAAAACUGCCGAGGCGAAACGCCCUUCAUGCGGUCUGUCAACUUCACCAACUGCUAUGACAAACAGACAUUUCCUGCCGUGAUGAAGGAGCUGUUCGACACGAUCGACGCCCGCGACAAUACUGGUUGUACUGUCAUUCACCAUGCUGCAGGCAUGAAGAGUGGUCGAUGUCAGAGCCAGUCGUGUUCGCGUUAUUAUCUCGACAGCAUCCUAAACAGGCUUCAGGAGACACAUGACACCAACUUCGUGCAACACCUUAUGGAUAUGCAAGACCACACCGGCAAUACAGCGCUGCAUCUAGCGGCUAUGGCAAAGGCUCGAAAGUGCGUAAGGGCACUGAUUGGUCGAGGAGCUACCUCAGAUAUUCCCAAUGCCGACGGCGUACGUGCAGACGAACUAAUCAGGGAGCUUAAUGCCUCGAGGAAUCCAAAAGAGCGUAUUCCACAGCGAUCAUCAUCCCCAUUUGCUCCCGACUCCCAGCGCCAUGCUGCCUUUCGUGAUGCUCUCAACGAGUCUGUCAUCAAGCUUGCCGUGUCGUACAACUCCGAAGCGGCCAACACAGUCCAGAACAGGAUUACACCGAUGGUUCUGGACAAGUUCCAGGACCUCGCACGUAAUUACGACGACGAGUGGAAGGACAAGAUAGAUGCGGAAAACGAGGCCCGCCGUAUUUUGGGCAAUACACAAAAUGAGCUGGCUGCAUUCCGCCGGCAGAUCGCCGACGUGGAAACACAAUUGGAGACCCCGGACGCAGCCGCUAAAGCGGUCCAUGAUGCCACCAUGGCUCAAAACCAAGUACUGUCACUAUUGGCAAACCAGAGCCGCUAUCACGUGCAGGCCUCGGUCGAUCAGACACUGGCCAUGAUGAAUGGCGACCAGGGCGAAGCAUCUUACGAGGACAGGCUCAAGCUCGCGCAAGAGCUUCGAGACCUCAUCACAGACCAGAGGCGUGCAGAGCAGGAGUACGUCGACGCACUAGGCCUCUCGGGUACGGGUGAGAAGAUCGACAGGUACCGGAAGCUGCUAAAGCAAUGUCUGGAUCGCCAGGAUGCCGAGAACCUGGACGCCAACUUGGACGACCUGAUCGACAUGAUGGAAGAAGAGCGAAGUGAAGGGCCUGUGGCUGCUGUGCCCGGGCCAGGGGAACCCAUGAUGAUCUGCUAG